AUGGAGGAGCCCAAUAAGAGUAUGGAUUCAGAUGAUGUAUACUAUAGUGAUGAGUUGAAUAGUUCUGACCCAGAUGAUUCUUGUGAUGAAGAAAGGCCCAAGUAUGCUAGGUUUAGGAAAGAGCAUCUAAACAAAGACUUUAUAUUCAAGUGGGGUAUGGAAUUCAACACACUUGAUGACUUUAGGGCAGUUAUCCGUGAGUGGUCAGUGCUUAAUGGGAGGGAAAUUUCUUUUGUGAAAAAUGAGGGAGAUAGGGUAAGGGUGGUGUGUAAGCAUAAAUGUGGGUUUUUAGUCUUAUGCUCUAAGGUGGGCCACAAGGAGACUUUUGCUAUAAAAACACUUGUACAUAAGCACACAUGUGCUAGGGUUUUGAACAACAAGUCUGCUAGCUCAAAGUGGGUGGCCAAGCAUGUGGUAAAGAGGAUGCAAACUUCUGAUACAGUCAGGAUAAGAGACAUCAUCCAAGAUAUGAGGCAAACAUAUUCUGUGGGUAUUACUGUUGCAAAAGCAUGGAGGGCUAAGCUAAUUGCCAAGAAGAUAAUUGAAGGUGAUGCUGACAAUCAGUAUGCUUCCAUAUGGAGGUAUGCAGAAGAACUAAGAAGGGUAAACCAUGGCAACACUGUGAAGAUAAAUGUAGAAAGACCUAGUCCAUCCAUACAACCAAGGUUUGGGUCAUUUUAUUUCUGUUUUGAUGGCUGUAAGAAAGGCUUUAUUCAUGGAUGCAGACCAUUUGUGGGGGUUGAUGGAUGUCACUUAAAGACCAAGUAUGGUGGACAGUUACUUAUUGCUGUAGGCAGGGAUGCUAAUGAUCAAUACUUCCCUUUGGCAUUUGGUGUGGUUGAAAAUGAAACAAAGGAGAGUUGGAGAUGGUUUAUACAACUACUAAUGGAGGACAUUGGUCAGGAUAGAAGAUAUGUAUUUAUCUCUGAUCAACAGAAGGGACUUGUGGCUGUAUUUGAAGAAUUGUCUGAUACUAUUGAGCAUAGAUUAUGUCUUAGGCACUUGUAUGCUAAUUUCAAGAAAAGGUUUGGUGGAGGAGCCCUUAUUAGAGAUUUAAUGAUGGGAGCUGCUAAAGCCACAUACUAUCAGGCAUGGGUCCAAAAGAUGAAUGAAUUGAAGAAUGCAGAUCCCAAUGCUUGGACUUGGUUGAUGGCUGUUCCUACCAAAAGCUGGUGUAAGCAUGCCUUUUCUUUUUACCCUAAAUGUGAUACAUUGAUGAAUAAUAUCUCAGAGUCUUUUAAUGCUACCAUUCUAGCUGCUAGGGACAAACCUAUACUCACAAUGUGUGAGUGGAUAAGAAAAUAUCUGAUGAAUAGGUUAUCCACCUCUGCAAGUAAACUAGAAAAUUGGCCACAUAAGGUGAUGCCAAUACCUAGGAGAAGGUUAGAUAAUGAGGUGUUCAAUAGUGGUCAUUGGUUGCCAACAUGGUCAAUUGCUGAGACUUUUCAGGUUACACAUAGUUACAACACACAUGAAUUUAUUGUUGACAUUGCUAAAAGGUCAUGUAGUUGUAAUUUUUGGGAAUUAGUAGGAAUUCCAUGUAGGCAUGCUGUAGCUGCUCUGAGUUAUAGAAAGCAAAACCCUGAUGAAUUUGUUGAUGCUUGUUACACAAGAGAAAAGUUUGCACUAUGUUAUGGAUUUUCAGUAAGUCCAAUCAAUGGUCAAGAUAUGUGGCCAGAAGUUGAGAUGGAACCACCUCUACCACCUGCAUAUAAAAAUGGUCCUGGUAGACCUAAGAAGAUUAGGAUAAGAGAAAGUGGAGAGGAUGGUGCAAGGAAGAGAAGAUCUGGUGUUGCAUAUAAGUGCACCAAAUGUGAUAAUUUUGGUCACAAUGCUAUGACUUGUAAGGCUACCACUCAGGAUCCCAAUGCACUUAAAAGAAAGAGAAAACCUAAAAAAGGACAUGUGCCAACUGCAACUGAUAUGCCAACUGCAAAUGAUAUGCCAACUGCAUCUGAUAUGCCUGCCCCAACUGCAACUGAUAUGACUGUUCCAACAAAUGUGCCUGUUCCAACUGAUCCACAGCCUCCAACUGAUAUGCCUGUUCCAACUAUUAUGAGUCAAACAGGAUCUAGUGUGGCUGCCUCAAUCACAAAACAAUCCAGAAAAAGGGUUGAAAAAAAACCUAUCAUCAAAAGAAGGCAAAGUGAGAGGAUCAAGUUGAGUUGGUUUAAAAGACCCAUAACAGGUGAAGGAAUAUCUAGUGACAAACCAAUUACCCUACCAGAAAAUGAAGACAUACCCACUUCAAAAUGAGGGACUGAUUAUUAUGUUUCUGCUAUGUAUUUUGUAAUCCUUUUGGAAAACUCUU